AGUGUGGUGCGCUGAGGUCACUUGGAGAGAAACUGCAGGCCAUUCUUUUCUUGUCCAGCAUUUCCUGCCCUUUGGUGGAGUCAACUGCCCGUGUCUGGAAGCCGAGGAGCAUAUUUUCUGUUACAAGGGAAUUUUUCUCCACCAAAACGAAUUCUGCCGACAUGUCCUCUAAUUCCAAUUUAUCCAACAUGCGACGGUUGGUGGAACAACUGAAGCUUGAGGCCAGCGUGGAAAGAAUCAAGGUGUCUCAGGCGGCUGCAGAGCUGCAGCAGUACUGUCUGCAGAACGCCAGCAAGGACGCCCUGCUGGUUGGAGUCCCCACAGGUAGCAACCCCUUCAGAGAGCCACGCUCCUGCACCGUGGUGUGAAGAGGAAGAAGAUGUGGACACUACUGUGGCAGCUCACUCAGAGGAAAUGGACUUUCUCUCUCUCUCUCUUUCUUUAUUUUAACCAGAAUUAUAUGUUUUAAUGUUUUACAACAAAACUGAAAUCUUCAUUUAUAUGAUUCCAAAUGAAUGACUUGUUAAUUCAAAUGUGAUUACAUUCUUAAGAGCUUCGUGUCAGCCUGCUUCAUCUCAAUCUUAUGAUAUUUGAAUACCUUGUAAAAGUUAAUUUGUUUACCCUGCGUUAUAAAGAAGACAGUGUCGGAGUCGUACAGUGAUUAUCUCUGAAUUCUCCCGAGCGGAUGUUUCUGGCUGAGCUCUAAAUGACGCUUUGGAAUUUCAUCUGAGCUUCCUGAUGUUCAGCUUAAGUUAGGAAUGCAGCCAGAGAGAGGAAACUGAGUCUUCCUGUUUCAAACUGCAAGGACGCAGCGUAGCAUUUCCAUCAACCUUUGAACAUUUUCAGAGCCAAGCAAACCAGGACAAAUUAGAAGUAAAAACAACCAAUUUCAGCGGUGUAAAAAGUGGAUAACAAGUGUGAAUGAUGGCCAUCGUAUUUCAAUGUAUGUUCCCACAUAAAGCAGGAUCUGUUGUCUUAUUUAUUUGUAUGUUCUCAUAUAAAAUGUAAUUUUUA